CGCCAUUUCCACAGAAAUUCCAGAGUCGGUGUCUGAUAAAGGUCAGUUUGAUACUAAAGCAAACUGUUAAUGGUAGUAGUUACUGGCAUUCCAAAUAGAGCAAGCAACACAGCCCUCUUUGAGAUUAUCCAUGCCUACAAGGAGCUGUUAUUUAAUGGAGUGGCACGGCGAGGAGGGCCAGGACAUGACGGCUACUAAGAAUCUAGAAACAUCUUCAACAUGAAGGAUUGUUUACUUAUUUAUUUAUUUUUAACCAGAGCUUCAGGUUUCUUCGUCUGCAGAGUGAAUUGACCUGAAACACUGACUCAGUCAACGCUCUCAAAAGGCAACAAGAGAUCCUUCGCUGCUUGGUGCGUGAGCCUCGUAUCCUCGCAUUUCCAUUACGCACAGGGGAGCGCUCACAUGCCUUCUGGACGAGCUCCCCUGUCAGAAUUAUGGAGCGGCGCGCAGCAGGAGCCUCGCUGACGGACGAGGGCCACACGGGGCUCCGCGGCGGACCACCUCCACCUUGCCCACCUCAGCAGAAAUCACCGACUUCUCACAUUUGCCCGCGUGCGUAAAGCGCGUCUCUGCUCCGACGAACAUGCCAUGGCUCGCGCCCCCCUCCUCCCACCACGCAGGCGGAGGAGUGUGGUUUCGUGCCUCAAGAAGAAGUUCAAGACUCCCUCCUGUGAAGCCCUUUUGAUUUUUCUCCCCCCUCUCUACUCAUGUGUUUUAUUUUAUUUUUUUCUCCCCCUGCUGAAGAUUGGAGUAUUUCCAUCAUGGCUGCUGCAUCCUGAGGGGAGAUGGAUUUAGAGGUGAAGGAUGUGGACGGUUCGAACUGUUCGCGGAAUGAGAGCGACUGCGGGCUGAGCGCUUCCUCCGGCGGAGUGUCCACUGCGCUGGCCAGCGUGCUGAUCUUCACCAUCGUUGUAGACAUCCUUGGCAACGUCCUCGUCAUCCUGUCCGUGUACAGGAACAAAAAGCUCAGGAAUGCAGGGAACAUCUUUGUGGUGAGCUUGUCUGUGGCAGACCUGGUGGUGGCUCUGUACCCGUAUCCUCUGGUCCUGACGGCCAUCUUCCACAAUGACUGGACCAUGGGCGACCUGCACUGCCAGGCCAGCGGUUUCAUCAUGGGCCUCAGUGUCAUUGGCUCCAUUUUCAACAUUACAGCCAUCGCCAUUAACCGCUACUGCUACAUCUGCCACAGCCUCCACUACGACCGCCUGUACAGCCUGAGGAACACCUGCUGCUACCUGGGCCUCACUUGGCUGCUCACCGCCCUCGCCACGGUGCCCAACUUCUUCGUCGGCUCGCUGCAGUACGACCCUCGCAUCUACUCCUGCACCUUCGCCCAGACCGUCAGCUCAUACUACACCAUCUCAGUGGUGAUUAUUCACUUCCUGAUCCCGCUGCUGGUGGUGUCCUACUGCUACAUGAGGAUAUGGGUGCUCGUGAUUCAAGUGAAACACCGGGUUAAACCGGAGCAGAGGACCAAACUGAAACCUAGCGACGUGAGGAACUUCCUGACUAUGUUUAUGGUAUUUGUGUUGUUUGCUGUGUGCUGGGCGCCGUUGAACCUCAUAGGCCUGGCCGUGGCUAUAAACCCCGCGAAAGUCGCUCCCAACAUACCUGAGUGGCUCUUCGUCACGAGCUACUUCAUGGCGUACUUCAACAGCUGCCUCAACGCCAUCAUAUACGGACUGCUAAACCAAAACUUCCGUAAGGAGUACAAGACAAUCCUGCUUGCUCUUUGCAUCCCGCGCCUGCUGCUCAUGGAGACAUCAAGGUGCGCCACAGAGGGACUGAAGAGCAAGCCCUCGCCGGCUGUGACGAACAACAAUGUAGCAGAGAUAAAUGUAUAAAACUCUGGUUUUGUGACUGGGAAAAGUGGAUGUGUGCCAUGAUUCACCCAGUGCCUUUUCAAGAUGUGUAUCAUUUUCCUGUUGUAAAGAUACAAUCGUAUCUUGGAGAGGACACUGACGCCGUUGUUUUCCUUUUAGCCUGUCAGACGCUGUUCCCUCAUGUUGAGAGAAAACGCAUCAAAUGCAUCACCAGUACACUGUGUUCCACUGUGACUGCCUCUCUGCACUCUAUCUGCAGCUAACUAGUUUACAAAAAAGAGGGGGGGCAAAGUUAACCAUUGGACCAUUGCGAAAAUUACUUUCCUAAAAUCUUUCACCCACAUAGUCCAUACACGUCAAUAACACUCCUGGGUUGGGUUUAUUGUUCAAGCCACAUCCCAGCAUGUGUACAUCAUGUGCGUGAGAAUGACUCACUGCCUAUUUGCACAGAUCGAUUGUGAGUACAUCAGCCACAUAAAAUAAAGUAUGUAAUAAAAAGUGUAAUUUUUGUUGCCACGGUGUCUCUGUGCUCUUAAAUGCCGCAUUAAUGAUGGAACAGCUGCAAGGUUUGUUAUUUCCCUUCAAUGCAGCCCUUUAUCUGAUAUUAGAUUUAAGUUGAGGCCAUUUUAUUUGAGGCUCAGAUCAAUUACCAACGACUUAAUGCUAUUAGUUGGAUUUUAGUGCCAAAUCAGAAACACAUUUUAAGCAUUGCAGUCAAAGCUACAGUAAACUCCGAAUCUCAUGUGAACAUCUCGGCUAAUUUUCGCCGGUAACGUAGGCUUAUUAAUUUACCAUGAUGCUUUUUUCACCCUCGGGCUCGUCUGCUGGAGCAAAGACGCCCUCAGAAAUGACACUGGGAAGAUUGUUGGAGCUUUAGUUUGGGCAAAAGAAAAACAAAUAUCGUGACGUUGUUUGUGUGUUCAUGGGAAAAUGCUUGCCUUGUUGUUUUGUAAAGUAGGAUUCUCUCAUAUUUUUUUCAUUAAUUCUAAAGAAACCGUCUUUUAACUGUUGCUGUGUGCAUGUGUUUGAGGGACUGUGAAGUUCAAAGCCCUGGGCGUCUCCUUUCAGACACUGAGUGAUUUAGGAAUUGGGUAAAUUGUGAAAGGGGGAACAGAACAGAUGAUUUACAAAGCUGGUUUUCUUGUAUACUUAAUGCCUGCGGGACAUGAUAUGCAUCAGGAGAGGAGAGAUGUAAUUUUCAGAUAGUGCAAGUGUGCCUGAGCACAUGUCACCCUGCCCGAAAUGAGGUCUGACAGCCUUGCAGUGUAACCUCCACCCAGAAAACAAACUAUGAGCAGUUCACCCCACAGGGAGACUCCAAGAUGUGAAUGUGACAUAUUCCUGAUAUGAAGCACUGUUACCCGAAUAUUAAAGAGAUUACACAUUCA